ACCAAGGCAGCAACCCGCAAAUCAAAACCCUACUCCGCGCGCGCUCUCUCACCCGCCUCCAUGGACGGCGCCUCCUCCAGCCUCCCUCUCCCCCAACCACCGCCGCAGGUCUACCUCCGCCGCCCCGUGCCGCCGCCCGGCCCGCCGCUUCAGGCUGCUCCUAGGGUCCAGCCGUUCAGCGCCCCUGCGCCCAUCCCCAUCUUCUCCUCGAAGCCCCGCGCCGCUGUGAGGUCCCCGAUUCCUCCUCCUCAUCUUCCUGCUGCUGUUACUUCAGCUCCCGCUCCCCUGGCGGCCACAGCGGAGGCUCCAUCUCGGCCGCCGCCCGCAUCCACUGACCAGCCGCCCCAGCAGCAAACUGGUGCGAUGCCCCCGCCUCCGGCUCCAGCACCGGCGGGGAAGGGGGGACCCAAGCCCAAGGCACAGUUGAAUGAGCAAAACAGUGGAGAAUAUUCUCAAUCUGAAAACAACGUAGUAGAAACUGCACAAGGGCAUGAUAAGGAGACUACCCCUGGACCUGUAAAAGCUACAAAGAGGAUAAAAAAACUAAAGGCUUCUAAACACAACUUGAACAACACAAAUUCUGGAGCAAUUGAAGGAGAUGCUGAUCCUUCUUUAUCCUCAUUAAACCACUGCCGCUAUGACAGCUCACUAAGUCUGCUGACGAAGAAGUUCAUCAACCUGCUUCAAGGAGCUGAAGAUGGAGCCCUUGAUUUGAAUAAAGCAGCUGAGACGUUGGAGGUGCAAAAGAGGAGGAUAUAUGAUAUAACAAAUGUUCUAGAAGGUGUUCAUUUAAUUGAAAAGGGACUUAAGAAUAUGGUUCGCUGGAAGGGAUUUGACAUAUCGAAGCCUAAGGAUAUAGAACGCCAAAUUUCUUCAUUGAAGGAAGAACUUGAAUCUCUUUAUGAUGAAGAGUUAAGGUUGGAUGACGAAAUAAGGGAAGCAAAAGAAAAACUACAAGCUCUCGCCCUAGAUGGGGAUAAAAGAAAGUCGUUAUAUCUUUUGAAGGAAGAUAUAAAUAAGAUUCCUCACUUUCAGAGAUCCACUAUGAUCGCUAUAAAUGCUCCUCGUGGAACUUGUGUUGAAGUUCCAGACCCUAAUGCGGAUCAGUACAUGUAUGGGAAUCUGGGUUUGCAGGAGAAGCACUACAAAAUUGUCCUGAGAAGUUCAAUGGGUCCUGUUGAUUGCUAUUUGAUAAGCGGUGACCAUGAGGAUAUAUUUAACCAGGGCCAGCUGGUGGCAGCAGACAGAUUAAAACCUGCAGUUGCUACUGAUAGUUCUCAAGAUUUGCAGCAGAUGGAUUGUGAUCCUAAUCAGGCAAGUAAUGGUGGCUGCAUGCAUGCAGCAGAACCAUCCAGAAAGCAAGAAAUUGGCAUUUUGAGAAUCGUUCCAUCAGAUGCCGACGCUGAUGCUGAUUACUGGCUUGCUUCUGGCGUUGACGUUAGUAUGACAGAUGCUUGGGGCACGUAGUGGAUGGAUCCUCGGAGUUAGGGCUCUUAACCUGCCCCUUAGACAGACAAAAUAGAAUGAGUCUGCAGUGCACAAUUGCAUUGGGGCUGGAUCAGUAGGAUACCUUUAGUCUCCAUGCUCUAGGCCCGUUAACUAACAAAUCAGAGGGUACAUGGUAGGCAGUAGAUCUUGUACAUUGGCGGCAUGAUUGUAGUUGUUACUCUGUUUCAUCGACAGUUAAGAUAGAAUCAGCAAGUGCGGUAGGUCUCAGCUUAAACCUACCAUUGGACUUAGCCUUUGUUUUGAACGGAUUUGUGCGUAUAGCAAGUUAGAGGGCAGCACAGUCCGAAGGCCAUCAGUGUAUGUUCUGGUCUUCGUUUGUUUGAAGAGCAGUAAUAUUGUACAUCCUGACUAUCACCGGUCAAUCACCAAUAGCAGAUCUAUAGAGGUUAUGCAAUUCUUUUAA